CAUAUCGUUUCAGUGCGAGGAUGUCGUCCUGGGAAGAUCGUUCAGAUGACCGAGGCAGAAGUUCGAGGCUUGUGCAUAAAGUCACGGGAAAUAUUUCUUAGCCAGCCUAUUCUCCUGGAACUAGAGGCACCUCUGAAAAUUUGUGGUGAUAUUCAUGGUCAGUAUACAGACUUACUUCGAUUAUUUGAAUAUGGAGGAUUCCCACCAGAAGCUAAUUAUCUUUUCCUUGGAGAUUAUGUAGACAGAGGCAAACAGUCUCUGGAAACAAUUUGCCUGUUACUGGCAUAUAAAAUCAAGUACCCGGAAAACUUCUUUCUCUUACGAGGAAAUCAUGAGUGUGCAAGCAUCAAUCGGAUCUAUGGAUUCUAUGAUGAAUGCAAACGGAGAUUUAACAUUAAGCUGUGGAAGACCUUCACGGACUGUUUUAACUGUCUGCCCAUUGCAGCCAUUGUGGAUGAGAAGAUCUUCUGUUGUCAUGGAGGACUCUCCCCAGAUCUCCAGUCAAUGGAGCAGAUCCGGAGAAUUAUGAGACCUACAGAUGUUCCUGACACAGGCUUGCUGUGUGACCUGCUGUGGUCUGACCCAGACAAAGAUGUGCAAGGUUGGGGUGAAAACGAUCGUGGGGUCUCUUUCACUUUUGGUGCUGAUGUGGUCAGUAAAUUUCUGAAUCGUCAUGAUCUGGAUUUGAUCUGUCGAGCUCACCAGGUGGUUGAAGAUGGAUAUGAAUUCUUUGCUAAACGGCAGUUGGUCACCCUAUUCUCAGCUCCAAAUUAUUGUGGAGAGUUUGACAAUGCAGGGGGCAUGAUGAGUGUGGAUGAAACGCUGAUGUGUUCCUUUCAGAUAUUGAAACCCUCUGAAAAGAAAGCCAAGUACCAGUAUGGUGGACUGAAUUCUGGGCGUCCGGUCACUCCACCUCGCACAGCUAAUCCACCGAAGAAGAGGUGAAGAAAGGAAUAAUGUAGAAACACCAUCAGAUCUGUCAAGGACAAAACUCCAUAAUACAGUAUAUAAUAAGUGUGCACUGUAAAACCAUCCAGCCAUUUGACACCCUUUAUGAUGUCACACGUUUAACUUAAAGAGACGGGUAAAGGAUCUUUAUUAAUUUUUUCUAGUAGAAAGAUGUGCGACACUGUAUUGUAACAAGUAUAGCUCCAACUUCUAAUAUCCAGCAUAGAGUAAAAAAAGUAUUAGGAAAAUAUUGCAACUGCAUAUUCACAUCUACCACGGUUUUUAAAGUUGACCAACAUCCCAGCUAAAACUUGAUGUAAUAGUUAAACCAGAUGAGAGCAUGAUGUUCCAUUUGUGUAAUGUGGUCUUACUGUUGCUUGAUUGCUUUUACUUUGGUUAUUUUGUAGCUAGAAUGAUGCGAAUAUGGUAUCUAGUCUUACUUCACAGCUCUCUUGGAAACUGAAAUAAGGAAGGGGCUUUUUAGAACAGUCAUUGAGCUCUUAUCUUCCCCCUUAGCCCCCUGUUGUUCAUAAUAAUGCUGCCCAAAUGUGUGCCCCACUAUAAUGCAAAAUUUCUAGUUAGGGUAGUGAUUAAAAGGCAAACUAUUCCCAGACUGAACAGCUCAGCAGCCACCCGCAAAUUGAGACACAAAAACCUGUCUUGACUUUUUAACUUAAACUGCCACACAAUGAAUUUGUGCACUACACUUUUUUAAAUUAUUGACGUUACACUGUGCUAUGGCACUUCAUUUAACUUAGGACAAAAAUGGUAUUGCCUAUUAGUUGGUAACUUGAUUAUGUGGUACCUUGGCUUCAGUUUUAUUAGCAUGAAACACCUUUUGGCAUGCUUAGCUUCCAGGUAACUCCCUACCUGCAUCAAAGUUCAUCUUACAUAGUUUCUCAGAACAUGAAGAUCCUUAUUUGCUAAGCCUUUGAAAGCUGACAUUCUUUUCAUAAGAGGGUGUGCUUAAAUGGAUGUUCAUCAACAAACGAUAGGCUAGCUGACGAAUGGUGAUGAGCUGACAAUGCGACAUGAAUGUCCAACAUGAUUAUAAGGCUUAUGCCACUGAAAAUUAUAUCCUUUGGAUUUUCAUGAUCAAAUUUCAUAUACUAUUGUAUAGACUUCUGCUUUGUAGUGUACUAUAGUAGCAAUAAUUUCUGUACAUGAUCAGAGUUAUGCAGUAUUUCCUUUCAGUUCUCCUCUUUUCUUAAAAGAGUUAACAUUGGCAAGUGGCAAGAUACAGAGAAGAUACACAGUUUAUAGUAGGAUAAAUGAAAGGCACAGAUUUGUGAUGCUUUAGGAUGCAAUACUUAUUGGAUAUAACUACAAAAGCUUUUAUUGAAUACUGUCAAAUUUGUAAGAUUCUCUGGGGGAAGGCUUCAGAUUUAUACCAUUCUAAAUGUGCAUCAGUAGAUGUAAAACUCUUGACUUCAGUAUUGUCUUUGAAAAUGUUAAAUUGAGGAUUCUGAUAACUUACGUUUUAUGAACUAGCACAUUAUAUAAUGCAAGAGAUAUAUUGAUUUCUGACACAGUGAGCAAGUUCUUUAAAAUGGAUUUAAGUCUCUUUUCUAAUUCCAUUUUGUUUUAAAUGCAUAUUUUAAAUGUAGGUUUUUUCAUUUAGUAAAAGUUGUCUAAUUCAUUUGAAUGAA